UCUCUUCGUCUCUAACCGAGAAGAACGAUGUACGGACAGCAGAAGAAGAACCAAGAACCUUGCCCACCAUCUCCACCACCCCAAAAAUGCCAGGAACCCUGCGAGCCCGAGCCUGUGAAAAAAUGUCCUCCUCCCCAAGAGCCAAAAUGCCCCGAACCAGUGUCAAAAUGCCCACCACCCCAAGAACCGCUGUGUCCUGAACCGGUCACAAAAUGCCCACCUCCACAAGAGCCAAAAUGCCCCGAACCAGUGUCAAAAUGCCCACCACCCCAAGAACCUUGCAAGCCAACCCCACAAUGCCCACAGAACCAGCAGGAAAAGUGCGUGAAGAAAUGAAAACCGCCAUCCGGAAAUCAGAUUUAUUUAAAGAACCCCCCGGGGGUAUAUUUAUAAAAUUCUGUUCAUGGAUGGAACUGAUGUCACAUUAAACGAUCUAAAAACUGCUCUGUGAAGCAGCGAUCAUCAUUAUUGAGAUCACUUAAAUCAUGGAUUUCUUCCAAAUAAACAAAUUAUCUUAAAUUUCA